AUGUCUAUAGAUCUCAAAGAGGAUGAUAGUGUGAGUAUAGGAACUACAUGGUAUUCCAAAGAACAGUGUACUAACAACUUUCAACAGGUGAUUAAUAGAAUAUCUCAAGGUUUCAAACCAAAAGAAGCUGAACUUUCAACAUUAGAUAAAAUAGCUAUAGAAAAACAAAAAAUAAUAAAUCAACAAGGACAAAAUUUCUUAGAGGAAAUAUUCCGUAAUAAUUCACAAAGAGCUAUUUAUGUUUCAAAUGUUCAAAUUGAAGGUACAGAACAAUUUAGAGAUGAUUUCCUUACAAAGCAAAUCUUACCAUUUAUAAAUAAAUCAAAUAAUUUAAACAAUUUAUUAAAUAAUAUAGAUACUGUUAGUGGGAAUUUUUUCAAAUCUGGUGCAGUGGAAAAUUUAGCUAUUCAAUUAACCACAGGAACAGGUUUAAAUUUUAAAUCAGGUUAUUAUCCAGAAAAUUCAAUUGAAAUUAUUCCACAUAUAAAAUUAAUUCCAGUUAAAAAAUUUAUGGCUAAAACAGGUACAAAUAUUGGAAAUGGUGAAGGUGAUGGUUAUAUGACAUUCCAAUUCCGUAAUAUCUUUGGAGGUGGUGAAAAUUUAAUAUUAGAUGCUACCACAGGGACAAGAACAAGAUCAUCAUAUUUAUUAAAUUAUUCAAGUCCAGGUUUUGGAUCAAAUACAAAUUGGAAAUUUGAUAAUAGUUUAUUUUUUACAAGUAGGAAAAUUGAUUGGUCAUCUCAUGAACAAUUAAUUAAAGGGAUGAAUAAUAAAAUUGUUUCAAUGAAUAUACCAAAUGGUAAAAAUCAAGAUCAAGGACUUAUAAAUCAUGAAUUUUCAAUUGAAAAUAUUUUAAGAAGUAUUACAAAUGUUAGUCCAAUGGCAAGUAAUAAUAUUUUAUUCCAUGCAGGAGAUGAUUUUAAAACAAGUUUUAUUUAUAAAUUUGCAUAUGAUUCAAGAAAUGAUAGAACUUUACCAACUAAAGGUGAUUAUUUUUCCCUUGUUAAUGAAAUUUCAGGAAUUUUACCAAAUUUAAAUACUUCAAAAUUCCUAAAACAAAGUUUUGAAUCUCAAAUUGCAAGAAAUUUUAUUGAUGGUGAUCAUAUAAUUAAUUUAUCAUUAAGAGGUGGUUGGUUAUAUAGUUUAAAUAAGACAACACAUUUAAUGGAUAGAUUUUAUUUAGGUGGUCCAAAUGAUAUUCGUGGAUUUUUUUUCAAUGGAUUAGGACCAAGAAAUUUUAAUGAUACACUUGGUGGUGAUAUUUUCUUAAGUGGUGGAUUAAGUACAUUUCAUAGAUUACCAUUUGUUAGUAAAGAAUCAAAUUUUAAAUUUCAUAAUUUUAUAAAUUUUGGUAGAUUAAUACCAUUAGAUAAAAAUGAAAAUUUUACAACUACAUUAAAAGAAUUAAUUAAUGAACCUUCAAUUGGGAUUGGAACAGGUAUAGUUUUUAAACAUCCAGUUGCAAGAUUUGAAUUAAAUUUUGUUUUACCUGUUACUGCACAUGAAAAUGAUUCUAUAAGAAAAGGAUUACAAUAUGGUAUUGGUUUAUCAUUCAUGUGA